GGGCGGGGAACCUUGGCUGAGGCGGUGGUGGCGGCUUAGGCACUGGCUGGCUGCUGGCGGCGGCAGCUCCUGGUGCAGCUCGGCGCGCGGCCAGCCUUCGAGUUCGGGACGGAACGCUCGGCGUAGCGGGCCUUGCCGGGAAAGUUUGCGGUGGACCCGGGACCUCCUGGCCGGCGCGGCCCGGCAUGAAGCGGCGCUAAGGAACCGUCGCCGCUGCCGCUGCUGCUGCCGCCGCCGCCUGAGGAGAAGUCGCAGCACCCUGGGCCACGCCGAUGACUACUGCAAACUGUGGCUCCAACGACGAGCUCGACUUCAAACUCGUCUUUGGCGAGGACGGGGCGCCGGCGCCGCCGCCCCCGGGCUCGCGGCCUGCAGAUCUUGAGCCAGAUGAUUGUGCAUCCAUUUACAUCUUUAAUGUAGAUCCACCUCCAUCUACUUUAAAUUCACCACUUUGCUUACCACAUCAUGGAUUACCGUCUCACCCUUCUGUUUUGUCAUCAUCGUUGCAGCUCCAAGGUCACAAAAACUAUGAAGAAACUUGUGAUAUUCCUGAGUCUAAAUACAGCCCAUUAGGUGGUCCCAAACCUUUUGAGUGCCCAAGUAUUCAAAUUACAUCCAUCUCUCCUAACUGUCAUCAAGAAACCAAUCAACAUGAAGAUGACGUACACAUAAAUGACCCAGAAAGGGAAUAUUUGGAAAGGCCUUCUAGAGAUCAUCUCUAUCUUCCUCUUGAGCCAUCCUACCGGGAAUCUUCCCUUAGUCCUAGUCCUGCCAGCAGCAUCUCUUCCAGGAGCUGGUUCUCAGAUGCAUCUUCUUGUGAAUCUCUGUCACACAUUUAUGAUGAUGUGGACUCAGAGUUGAAUGAAGCUGCUGCCCGAUUCACUCUUGGAUCCCCUCUGACUUCUCCAGGAGGCUGCCCUGGAGAAGACUCCUGGCAUCAACAGUAUGGACUUGGAAACUCCUUGUCACCCAGGCAAUCUCCUUGCCACUCUCCUAGAUCCAGUAUCACUGAUGAGAAUUGGCUGAGCCCCAGGCCAGCAUCAGGACCAUCAUCGAGGCCCACUUCCCCCUGUGGGAAACGGCGGCACUCCAGUGCUGAAGUUUGUUAUGCUGGAUCCCUUUCACCUCAACACUCACCUGUUCCUUCUCCUGGCCACUCCCCCCGGGGAAGUGUAACAGAAGAUACCUGGCUUAAUGCUUCUGUCCACAGUGGGUCAGGCCUUAGCCCCGCACUUUUUCCAUUUCAGUACUAUGUGGAGACUGAUAUCCCUCUGAAAACAAGGAAAACUUCUGAAGAUCAAGCUGCCAUACUACCAGGAAAAUUAGAACUCUGUUCAGAUGAUCAGGGAAGUUUAUCACCAUCACGAGAGACUUCAGUAGAUGAUGGCCUUGGAUCUCAGUUUCAUUUAAAGAAAGAUUCAUCUGGUGACCAAUUUCUUUCAGUUCCUUCACCCUUUACUUGGAGCAAACCAAAGCCUGGCCAUACCCCUAUAUUUCGCACAUCUUCAUUACCUCCACUAGACUGGCCUUUACCAACUCAUUUUGGACAAUGUGAACUGAAAAUAGAAGUGCAACCUAAAACUCAUCAUCGAGCCCAUUAUGAAACAGAAGGUAGCCGAGGGGCAGUAAAAGCAUCUACUGGGGGACAUCCUGUUGUGAAGCUCCUGGGCUACAGUGAAAAGCCAGUAAAUCUACAGAUGUUUAUUGGAACAGCAGAUGAUCGAUAUUUACGACCUCAUGCAUUCUACCAAGUGCAUCGAAUCACUGGGAAGACAGUUGCUACUGCAAGCCAAGAGAUAAUAAUUGCCAGCACAAAAGUUCUGGAAAUUCCACUUCUUCCUGAAAACAAUAUGUCAGCCAGUAUUGACUGUGCAGGUAUUUUGAAACUCCGCAAUUCAGAUAUAGAACUUCGAAAAGGAGAAACUGAUAUUGGCAGAAAGAAUACUAGAGUGCGACUUGUGUUUCGUGUACACAUCCCACAGCCCAAUGGAAAAGUACUUUCUCUGCAGAUAGCUUCAAUACCUGUCGAAUGCUCCCAGCGAUCUGCUCAAGAGCUUCCUCAUAUUGAGAAGUACAGUAUUAACAGUUGUUCUGUGAAUGGAGGUCAUGAAAUGAUUGUGACUGGAUCUAAUUUUCUCCCAGAAUCCAAAAUCAUUUUUCUUGAGAAAGGACAAGAUGGACGACCUCAGUGGGAGGUAGAGGGGAAAAUAAUCAGGGAAAAAUGUCAAGGGGCUCACAUUGUCCUUGAAGUUCCUCCAUAUCAUAACCCAGCAGUUACAGCUGCAGUGCAGGUGCACUUUUAUCUUUGCAAUGGCAAGAGGAAAAAAAGCCAGUCUCAACGUUUUACAUACACACCAGUUUUGAUGAAGCAAGAACACAGAGAAGAAAUUGAUUUGUCGUCAGUUCCACCUUUGCCUGUGCCUCAUCCUGCCCAGAGUCAGAGGCCUUCCUCAGAUCUGGGGCACCCACAUGACAGUGUGCUCUCAGUGCAGCGGAACUUGGUUUGUCCGAUCCAGCAAGGAUAUGCAUCCUUGGUAACUUCAUCCCAUCUACCACAGUUGCAGUGUAGGGAUGAGGGUGCUGGGAAAGAACACAUGGUAUCUUCUUCAGUAGUGCACCAGCCUUUUCAAGUCACACCAACACCUCCUGUGGGAUCUUCCUAUCAGGCUAUGCAAACUAAUGUUGUAUACAAUGGACCAACUUGUCUUCCUGUUAAUGCUGCCUCUAGUCAAGAAUUUGAUCCAGUUUUGUUUCAACAGGAUGCAGCUCUUCCCAGCUUAGUAAAUCUUGGCUGUCAACCACUGUCACCCAUACCAUUUCAUUCUUCAAAUUCUGGCUCAACAGGACAUCUCUUAGCACAUACACCUCACUCUAUGCAGACUCCGCCUCAUAUGCCAUCAAUGGGAUACCAUUGUUCAAAUGCAGGACAAAGAUCUCUUUCUUCUCCAGUGACUGACCAGGUCACAGGUCAGCCUUCCCCUCAGUUGCAACCUAUUACAUAUAAUCCUUCACAUUCUGGGUCUGCUGCAACAGCUUCCCCAGCAGUCUCUCGUCCCCUGGCUAGUUCACCACUUUCUGGGCCAUCGUCUCCUCAGCUGCAGCCUAUGCCUUACCAAUCUCCUAGCUCAGGAACUGCCUCGUUACCAUCUCCAGCCACCAGAAUGCAUUCUGAACAGCACUCAACUCAAGCACAAAGUACAGGCCAGAGAGGUCUUUCUGCACCUUCACCCUUAAUGUGUCACAGUUUAUGUGAUCCAGCUUCAUUUCCAUCUGAUGGGGCAACUGUGAGCAUUAAACAUGAACCUGAAGAUCGGGAACCCAACUUUGCAACCAUUGGUCUACAGGACAUCACUUUAGAUGAUGUAGUGAUACUGUCUUCUUUGACACAGACCAGUUUAUGUCUGACUUGGAACACCAGCCAUCAGGUUCAGCAGAGAAAUGGCCUAACCACAGUGAGCCCUCAUGUCCAGCUCCAUUCUGGAGAUUCUAGAGGUGAACGAGAUAAUUGGGAGAGACAUGUCCCAGAUUUCUGUUUCCCAAGGACCAGGGGUGAGCGGAGAGGCUCCCCUCUCAGAUCCCAAGUCCCUGGAUUUAGGAAGAUCUGACGGGCUCUAGCCGGGCUCACGGCAGCCUUUGUCCGCCAUCAACUUCUCAGCAUGUUUCUCUCCUUGGAUCUUGGGUUUCCAACUCUGCAGCCUUCAGGACCAGUGCCAGGAGUUGGACUCACCAUUUUUGGGGAAAGCCGUGUUCCUCCACUUCAGGCCUUGGGUAGAUUUUGUAAAAGAACAGGAGCAGCAUAGGCUGUUCAUGCUUUGGGAAAAUGAGCUUUGCUUUUUUAAAUAUUUAAAUAGGAUACUUUUAUAUGAUGGGUGCUUUGAGUGUGAAUGCAGCAGGCUCCAUUUCUGAGGUGCUGCUUUUGCAGGUGACCUGGUUGCUUAUCUAGGAUUGAUGAUUUGUAAUGCUUUCUGGUCAUUUGAAGGGCCCUUUAGUUUUGAUGAUAUUUUUAAAAUAAGAACUUUUGAUAAAACCUUCCAGAGGCAAACAAAAUUAAAAAAAAUUAUCCCAAGCCCACAUCUAUGCCUCAGAAACUCAGCAUGUUUCCUGAAGCCUUUCAUAGAUUCAUAGGAAAUAAAGCCAAAUGUAGCUCUUACCUCUUUAUAAAAGUAAACUGUUGUUAGAUAAAGUGAGAAGAGACCAUUCCAUCAUUGAAAUGUUGGAAUAUAAAGACAUUCCAAGGCAUAGCCAUUUUGUAACUUUCUAGGUAAUCUUCCUGCAGUCUCUCCGUACUGGUUCCGUGUUGAAAUUGCUUUUUUUCCCUUAGGACCUUAGCUACAUAUAAGGAGACUUUGGAAGGUGGGGUUUUAUCUUGGUAGUUUUCAUUUCUUGCCAUCCUAAAAACUAGUAGGCUAUGGAGUGCUCCGCUUGUUUGUGUCCUCUUUUCCCAGAACCUUUUCCAAUGGAGAGCACCUGCCUUUGGCUGUCUAUAACCUUUGAAGUCAGUCCCAUGAUGGUUAAAGCAGCUUCUUAGUCCCAACUCUUCUCUAGAGGCUGUGUCAGGAGGUAAAUAUAAAUGAGCUAUGCAUCAGGAUAGGCAGAGAAAAUGCAGGACACUAGAUGGGAAGGAUUUAAGAUUCACACUGGCCAUGGUUAUCCUUUAAUGUUUACAGCCUAAAAUGAUUCUGGCCCAUCCAGUCCCAACUGUAUGACCUAAAAACCAGCCUUUUCCCCAGAAGGCAUCACAUCCAAAAAUGAGGUGGCAUCAUAGACCUGGCCCUCUACACCAAAGAUGUCCUGGUGCUGCUGCUGGUGAGACUGGCAUCCAAGGCAGGGGCCAGCAGAACUCCAGCCUGCUGUCUACCAAAGGAGGUGCCCAAACUGGGCACUUUUUCCAAAUCCUGCUCUUACCCCCACCCUAAUGAGAUUUGUUAACCUAUUCCUGGGCCUAAUUCAAAGCCCCUGUCUUUGUGAUGUUUUCAGAUGGAUAAUGUACUUUCAUUUAUUCAGGAAGCAAAUUUUUUGAAUCCCUACAUGUCACUAUGCUGGGUUGGUUGAAAACUUGAUGUUAUUCCCAGGGAUUGUGGGCCCUACAUGAAGGACACCCUGUCUGAUGAAGCUAAGGGGCCAGCAUGUUGCCCAUCACCUCUAGUCAGCAGGGAGAAGCUGUUCACCCAGGAUGAGAAAAUAUGUCUAAGGGAAGAAAAAAACAAAAACAAAACAAAAAAACCCCACCACGUGUUAUUUUAGAUUUCUACCCUAAAACUAGUAACAGAAAAAUGUCUACUUCAGCAAAUCACUCUAACCCUUCUUGAAGCUGGCUGAAACUUGAUCCUGGGUUUGAAAACUCAAGGCCUCUUUUGGAGAGGCAAUGGGUUAGCUUCUCAGGUGAAGUUCCAGAGACGUAACCAGACUUGCCUCCACCCUCCUGCCCCUGGUUAGCUGCCUCACAUGGGGUUCUUGCAAGAGCUCCCCUUCCAAGACCCUUUGGGGGUUGCUUUGCUGCCCCCAAGAAUAAAAAGCCUCUAUGAUCCAGAGUUGCUAUGCACCAAAUUUUGAUGCCUUUUAAAUGCCUUGAUGCCUGUAGUAUUAGAAGUGCUUUCCUAUUUAAAAUAAAGGUUAAAUUUUAAAAUAGAGCUUUGUAUACUAUGUAAGCCGUUUUAUAUCAGCUUUAUAAAAGCUUUCAUGUAAGAGUCAAUAUUUUUUGGCUUUGCAGAUAGACUUAAAUUUUUGUGCAACAUAGUGAUGUUAAAAGCACACAUCCACUGGACUAUGCAAAUUGACUUCUAGUAGCAGCACUGAGCAGCUGGGCAUGUGCUAGCAUGAAUCCCUUCCCUCUCUAACCCAUGCUAGAUCUUGGGUUGAGGAAUGGAAUGAGCAGCCUUCUGCUUUCUGGAGAUGCACAGAGAAACAUGGCUGAAAGAGCUUUGAAGGAAACAGAUGUCCUCAGGGUCACGUGUGGUGUUGCUGCCCAGGGUACAGCCCUUUCCCAUCCAGGGCCAGCCACUACCACCAGACCUUUGCUGAGCAGGGCUGUGAAGCCCUGGUUCUGACACUCAGAACAGAUGGUCAUCUUAAAGGCUCAGAUGGGCUCAGAUUGAAACCUUGUAUUUUAUAAAAUGGAUGCUUAGUAAAGAAAUGGUUCUCAGUUAUGUUUACAGCACUUGAGAUUGUGUUUUCUUGUACAUUUUGUAUUUUAAAACCUUUUAUAGGAGUACAGUACUCCUUACACAAAUACAAAGGGAAGAAGAGCCAGCAGUUCAGGCUCCUCAGUUAUAGUGCUGAAAUAAUAAAUGGUGACAGGCUGACAGUUUGCUUGGAA